AUGACAGACAACAAGGAAAACAUCUCGUCCAAAAAUGGAGAAGUUGGGAUCAAUGAUGAUUCUCAUGCUCCGCUAGCCCGAGAAGACCGCCCAGUCAAAUGGUAUCGAUCGACCUUCUAUAAUGCCCUCAUCCUCGGUCUCUGCAACUUUUUGGCGCCCGGCAUUUGGGGUGCCAUGAACUCCCUCGGCGGUGGAGGCGAAGAGAAGCCUUAUGUCGUCAAUGCGGCCAACGGUGCCACGUUCUCUCUUAUGGUGGUGUCAUGUUUUCUGGGAAGCACUGUUGUGCGCUAUAUCGGGAUAAAAUGGACCAUGAUUGCAGGAACAAUGGGCUACGCCGUAUACGCAGCAGGGCUAUACACGAAUAAUCGCUAUGGAGAGUCGUGGUUGAUCAUCUUCGGUGCUGUCCUGUGUGGAAUUUCCGCGGGCCUGUUCUGGAUGGCGGAGGGAGCGAUUGCCCUUGCAUACCCCGAGCCUUAUAACCAAGGUCGUUUCUUGGGCUUCUGGCUGAGCUUCCGCGUUGGGGGUCAAAUUCUGGGCGGCGCAAUUAGCUUGGGAAUCAACUCUAAGCGCUCAACUGCAGGAAGUCUGUCGUACGUGGUGUACAUCAUCUUUAUUGUGCUGCAAGCCUUGGGUCCCUUUGCUGGACUCCUGUUGAGCUCUCCGUCAAAAGUGCAGCGGAAGGAUGGACUGCCCGUGAGGCUUCAAAUAUCCAACAGCGCUUGGUUCGAGAUUAAGCAAAACGCCAAGCUCUUCGUCAGCAAGAAAUUCCUGUUGAUUGUUCCUUUCAUCUCGCAGGCAGUGUAUACUGAGGCUGUGAUGUUUUCAUAUGAAGGACUGUGGUUGUCCGUGCGCGGAAGGGCACUUGGUUCAUUCUUGUCUGGUGUGGUUGCUUUGAUUGCGGGCAAUAUCUUUGGAUUGUUUCUUGAUAGCAAGUCCAUUUCCCUGAAGACCCGCACUCGAGGCGGCUUCAUAUUCGUCGUGACGUGGCAGGGAUGUGCUCAAUAUGGGCCACAGUCAACACCACCGAGUUCCAAAGGACCAAACCGUUAUAUGACUGGGUUGACCCUGGAUUUGGCAGAACUUUUGCUCUUUUCUUAUUCUGGGUCGUUCUUCCUUGUAGGUACAUUGGCAGAUACUGAAGAAGAGAUUGUUCGAAUCGCGGGGCUGUUGCGUGGAACUGAGUCGGCUUCCCAAGCUGUCAGCUACGGUCUCAGCAGCAUUGCUAUCAUGGCUUCCGUUGGAAGUGUAUAUCUGAAUUUCGGUCUAUGGGCCAUAGCGAUUUUACCUGCAUGGUUGGUUGUUCGCCAGGUCGGAUCCGUGUUUGGCGACAAGAAAAUUGACAGGGAAACUCGCGGUGUGAGCGACGUUUCUGAUCACGAGUGA